GGGCAUGGCUGCUGGUGGCAGGACUGAUGGAUCCCUCCCAGAUCUCAGAUGCUAUGUGGUUACCCGUCCCAUUUACAAUGAAACCAGCUUCCAAGAGGAUAAUGAGAGGAUUCAGGGACCAUCUAGAACUCUCCAGGAACGAGCGCAGCAAGUUUGCAGCUGUUCCAAAAAAAGAGCUCUUCAGAUAACCAAGACCUUCUUCCCCAUUCUGGAGUGGCUGCCUAAAUACAGGAUUAAGGAAUGGCUACUAAGCGAUGUAAUUUCUGGUGUUAGUACUGGACUUGUGGCUACUUUGCAAGGUUUGGCUUAUGCAUUGCUGGCUGCAGUCCCUGUUGGAUAUGGCCUCUACUCUGCUUUUUUCCCCAUCCUGACAUACUUCUUUCUGGGAACAUCAAGGCACAUCUCAGUCGGCCCUUUUCCUGUGGUCAGUUUGAUGGUUGGCUCAGUAGUUCUGAGCAUGGCCCCUGAUGAAAAUUUUCUCAAGAAUAACAUGACGGGGCUGAACAAAACUAUAAUAGACACUGAAGCCAGAGAUGCAGAGAGAGUGCUAAUUGCUAGCACCAUCACGUUUCUGGUUGGCAUUAUGCAGCUAGUGUUUGGAGCUCUUCAGAUUGGUUUCAUUGUGAGAUACCUUGCCGAUCCUCUGGUUGGAGGUUUUACAACUGCAGCUGCUUUUCAAGUGUUUGUUUCACAACUGAAAAUAGUCUUAAAUGUUUCAACCAAAAAUUAUAAUGGAGUUCUUUCCAUAAUCUAUACCCUUAUAGAAAUAUUUGAAAACAUUGGAACCACCAACAUUGCUGAUCUCAUUGCUGGCUUGUUGACCAUCGUUAUCUGUAUGGUAGUCAAGGAAAUAAAUGAUCGGUUCAGACACAAGAUCCCUGUUCCUAUUCCUAUAGAAGUGAUUGUGACUAUCAUAGCAGCUGGCAUUUCAUAUGGUGUUGAUCUGGAGAAAAAGUACAAUGCAGGCAUUGUUAAGAGUAUUCCUAGUGGAUUCUUGCCUCCUGAACCUCCAGCUGUCAGUAUGUUUGGUGAUAUGAUGGCCUCUGCCUUUUCCAUUGCUAUUGUUGCAUAUGCAAUAGCUGUGUCCGUAGGCAAAGUGUAUGCAACUAAGUAUGACUAUGCUAUUGAUGGAAAUCAGGAGUUUAUUGCCUUUGGGAUCAGCAACAUUUUUUCAGGAGCCUUUUCUUGCUUUGUUGCUACAACAGCACUAUCUCGUACAGCAGUCCAGGAAAGCACUGGUGGAAAAACCCAGGUUGCUGGCAUAAUAUCUGCUGGAAUUGUACUGAUUGCCAUUGUUGCUCUGGGCAAACUGCUUGAACCUUUACAAAAGUCUGUACUAGCGGCAGUUGUUAUUGCCAACUUGAAGGGGAUGUUCAUGCAGGUGUUAGAUGUUCCCCGUUUGUGGAGGGAGAGCAAAGCAGAUGCUUUGAUCUGGGUCUUCACCUGCAUAGCAUCUAUCAUUCUGGGACUUGAUUUGGGUCUACUUGCUGGUCUGGUGUUUGCACUGCUGACGGUUGUACUGAGAGUUCAAUUUCCCUCCUGGGGUAAACUUGGCAGUGUUCCUGGCACAGAUAUAUAUAAAAAGGUUACCAGAUACAAAAAUGUGAUUGAACCAGAAGGCGUGAAGAUUGUCAGAUUUUCAAGUCCUAUUUUUUAUGCUAACAUUGAUGGCUUGAGAAGCAGUGUCCAAUCUUCUGUGGGAUUUGAUGCAGUUCGAGUAUAUAACAAGAGACUUAAAGCAUUGAGAAAAAUACAGAAGCUAAUCAAGAAAGGGCAAUUAAAAGCAACAAAGAAUGGUAUAAUCAGUGAUUCUGGCACUACUAAUGAAGCUUUUGAACCUGAUGAGGACCCAGAAGAUCCUUCAGAGCUUGACAUUCCAACUAAAGAAGUAGAAAUUCAAGUGGACUGGAAUUCAGACCUCCCUGUCAAAGUUAAUGUACCCAAAGUGCCUCUGCACAGUCUCAUUUUUGACUUUGGAGCAGUAUCCUUCAUGGAUGUAGUAGCUGUGAGAGCCAUGAAAACGAUUGUCAAAGAAUUUGAGAGGAUUGAUGUGCGAGUAUAUAUUGCAUCGCAUUUAGACCACAUUAUGAAAACGCUGGAACUCUGUGCCUUUUUUGAUGAUACCAUCCAAAAAGAUAAGUUUUUUUUGACUGUCCAUGAUGCUGUCCUCCACAUACACAAUCAGAUCACACACAGAGACAUCCAGGACCCUAUAUUUGAAAAGAUUUCACUUAUGCAAGAAUUAAAGGAGCCAAUUGAAUUUACAGAAACAAAUCAGAAUGAAGAAUUUGAUGUUCAAGAAGAGGCUAUGCGCAGACUUGCUUUGUGAUGGAAGAUUACAGGAUUCAUCAUAUCAGUGGACUGUGGGACGGACCACACAUGAAGUUUCAUGCAUCUUCAUUGGGACCAUUUACUCUGUAGUAGGAGAAAACAUGUACUAUGUCCUAUGGAUGCUGCAGGCUCACCUAAUUUAUCUCUUUGCAUACUACCCUUGAUUAAAAACUAUUUGAUAAAGUUGCUGAAAAUCAAUAACAGCAAAAAUGGGUGGCAUAUCACCAUAGCACAACUGGCUAUUAUUUUCUGAGUGCACACACAUGCUUAACAGCAUUUAUGGCCCAGUGUUAUUUCAGUGUGCCUAGGGAGUAAUCCUAGACAGGACUAUUGGAAAUAAGUUCUAUUUUAUUCACUGAGGCUUAUUCCCAGGAAAGUGUUGUUAGGAUUGCAGCUCUAGCCAAAAAAACCCAACCCCAGAGCUAUCUGUUUAUAUAAACUGGGAAGAUGGUUAAGAAUUUAAUUGUACAAUUUCAAGCAGAAUAUGUUAUUCUGAGGGGCACCUUUCAGUGCUACAGCCACAAAAGCACUAUUUUUGACAAUAAAUAAUGCAGUAAUUGAUAGUAGGAGUCAGAGUCCUAGAGGAAAAACUGUCUCCUUGAUUAUUAAGCCUUCACAAAAGUCUUCCUAAAAUCCAUGGGACACAACAUGACUUAUUUCACAGAUAAUGAACACAAUUUUUUAAAGGAUUACUUCACAGCAUAAGUACCCUGCUGGAUCAGACCUGUCCAGCACCUUGUUUCACACAGUGACCUUCCUCUGGAGGUCCAACAACAGGGCAUAGAGGCCAAGGCCUUUCCUUGAUGUUGCCUCCUGGCAAUGGGAUUCAGAGGUUUACUGCAUCUGAAUAUGGAAGUUCCCUUCCAUGAACAUGGCUAGCUGCCACUGAUGGAUCUAUCCUCCAUGAAUCUAAUUCCCUUUAACAGAUGUCUAUGCCUAUGACCAUCACUACAUCACGUGGCAGUGAAUUCCACAUUUUAAUCACACUGUGUAAAGAAGUAUUUCCUUUUGCCCAUCCUGGAUCUACUGCUCAUUAGCUUCAUUGGAUGUCCUCAAGUUCUAGUAUUUUGGGAGAGGAAGGAAAAGUUCUCUUUGUCAAUUCUCUCCACCCCAUGCAGAAUUUUAUAUACCUCUGUCCUGUUCCCCUUUUGGUCUUUUUCUAAACGGAGGGUCCCAGACUCGUCAGCCUUUCCUCAUAAAGAAAGUGCUCCAAACCCUUCUUUAUCUUGAUUGCCAUCUUCUGUAGUUCUUCCAAUUCUACAGUGUCCUUUUUUGAGAUACAGCGACCACAACUGCACGUAGUAUUCCAAAUGAGGCUACACCGUAGAUCUAUAAAGGGGCAUUAUAAUAGUAACAAUUUUAUUGUCAGUUCUUUUCGUACCGAAUAAUUUUUUACACAUAGUUUACCUUUUUCACCAUUGCAGCACACUGGGUUGACACUUUCACUGGGCUAUCUAUUAUGAUCUCAAGAUUUUUUUUGCCUCUCAGUCUAAGCAAAUUCAGAUUGUGCAUUACUUUACAUUUGUCAGCAUUUACUCAGCCCUGGAUCCAGCUAAUUUAUACACAAAUUAAAUAAUACCAGCCCCAGGAUUGUGAGACCCCACUGCUUACGUUCCUCCAUUGUGUAACCUGUCCAUUUAUUACUACUCUUUGCUUUCUGUCAUUUAACCAAUUUUCAAUCCAUAAAAGAACCCAUUAUCUUAUCCCAUGAACCCUGAGAUGCUGCUCUUGAAAUGCUGAGUGUCAAGAUAUACAUAAUUAAACAUUAAUAAAUGAGUUAUUAGAAGUGCAACUAACUACCAAAGAGUCCUAUAGGCAUAUACCAUGUAAGUGAAUGAGAUUUGCCAUCAGUAUGGUGUAAGGAACAACGUCAUGGACUUGCAGUGCAAUCCUAAAAAGAGUUACACCCUUUUAAAUCCAUUGACUCCAAUUGUGUGAGAAGGGUGUAACGUGACUUGAAAUGGCAUUGUCGAAAGGCCAUCUGUCAUUGGAUAGCUGAUUAACAGGACAAUCCUAUGCAGAGUGAUUCCAGUGUAAGUGCAUUGACAUAGCUAGGGUAGUUUUUCAUAGGACUGCACUGUAGUAUUGGCAGUCUUACACCAACUAGUGCCUUAUGGCAUGAAUAACCUCUUUGGAAUUAAUGGGUUUGCUGGUGAACCCAUUAAUGGGAAUGAAUUAACCCAAGAGUAAUGAGUACAAAAGCUGUUUAUACAUUUCCCUCAAGAGUCAGGAAUUGUUGUCAUGAGUUCUGUACACUGCAAAUCAUUGAAUUAAAAAAUAAAAUCUUGCAACAUGCAUUUUAA